AUAUUUACACAUACACAAUGAGAUAGCUUGAGGAUAUGAUCCAAGUUUAAACACAAAGUUCAUUUAUGUUUCAUAUACACUUUAUACACAUAGCCUGAAGGUAAUUUUAUACAAUAUUUUAAAUAAUUUUGGCAUGAAACGAAGUGUGGAUACACUGAACCAUCAGAAAGCAAAGGUGUUAACAUCUCCGCCACCCAUGUGGACGAUCUGUGAUUGGCAUCACCAUCAUUCCUGAUUCUGAAUUUAUAUGUUACUGAUAAGCAAUCUUUUUUCACACUUAUUCACACAUAAGUACUUAACAGUAAAAAAUAUGACAUACCAGUAAUACAACGAAAAAAAUAGUGUAUUCUGGUUAAGUAAGCCAGCACAGUAGUGUCACCAGAAUACCUGUAUCAGCUGUUAAGCAACAAUAACAAAUAACAGUAGGCUUUCAGUUUCCAAGUAUAAUGCUGUGUUUUAACUAAAAGGUUACUGUGCACUGUAUUUUAUUUUUAGGCGAGAAGAAGCAUCAGAAGCAGUUGAGGGACCAAGAAGUGGGUCCUGUAGAGAGGAAGAAGUAUUCCUCUGGAUGGCUUUUUUAAAUGUUUCUUUCAGAGUCAUCUGCCUCAUUAAUGAUGCCUUUUGUCUUAGAAGUCUCUCUUUGAUUUUAUAAACUGACAUGAUUUCUUGCUCUGUUAUGAAUGCAUGCUGCUCUAGUCCUUUAAUAAGCCCAUCACACAUUUUUACCAUGUCAUCUAUAGGCACUUUUUCUGCAGUGUUAACAUCAUCUUCAUUAUCAUUAUUAUCAUGAUCAUCUUGAUUCAGAACCAUUUUUGUUACUUCACCAUUGGACAAUGAAUGAACAACUGGAGCCUCAUUAUUACUGUUAAAAACAUCUUUGAUAUCCUCUUCUUCCAGCUUACUGACAGUCUCUGGAUAUGUAUUUUUUGUAUAUGUAAGGAGGUCAGACAUUAUUUUUUUCUCACUUGACACAUAGAAUCCUUCAAAGUUACCAUCUUGUUCAUCAUCAUUACUGCACUUGCCAGUAAACUUCUCUGCUGCUUCAUGACCAGAAGAUGCUUUACUGCCACAAAUCUUUAAAAAUUUAAUGCCAUGUCUUUUCUUAAAUUUCUGCAACCAGCCUGUUGAAUAUUCACAGUUCCCCUCAAUUUUUAGUUCAUUGUGAUAGAUCUUUGCUUGUUUCAUGAUCAGCAUACCAUUGAGUGGCAAGUGUUCACUGCGACGCUGACGGAUCCACUCUUUCAACACACGAUCAAGAUCUUCAUUUUUAGCUUUAUGAAGUGUUUUUCUAUUUUUCAUUAAUAUCUGCUCAUCACUUUCAGCAUAAAACUUCAACAGUUUAUCCUUCUGUUUCUUCAGGUCAUAUAUGGUGGUCAUUCCAACACCAUACUCUUCUGUAAGAUGUUUCACACUUACACCACUGUCCAGUUUCUCCAACAACUUUACUUUCUGUGCUAUAGAUAAACACAAAUGCUUCCUCUUUUUCUUAUCAUUGACAUUCACAGGGGUAUCUUUAGGUCUUUUUGACAUUUUCAACAAUAUAUUUACACCACACAGCAGAGAAUAAGCAAACAAAUGCAGUGAGUAAUGCGCAUAGGUCUUGGCCCCAUGUGGGGCAUUGGGGGAAACCUGUUGUUGGCGUGUCCAGCCUGCACACAUGCCAUUUAAUUACCCUUUGUGGGAAUGCAUGGGGGAAAUCCAGGUGUGAGCAGAAAAACUGCAGCAGAAGAGAGCUGGGAGGGUCUUUUUCCCUUUGGGGAUGUUGCAUGAACUGUGUGUUGUGCACCUGUGUUUUGACUGCAACUCACAUAAGGUCAGGUAUGAAAUUUUCCAUUUGUGGCAUAAUGUCAUUACUCAAAAAGUUUAGGAUUUUGGACCAUUUCAGAUUUCAGAUUUUUAGAUUACGGAUGCUCAGCCUGUAUUGGUAGAGGAAUAAACACAUAGAUCAAUGGAACAAAAUACAGAAACUGGAAAUAGGAUCACACAAAUAUGUCCAACUGGUUUUGACAAAGGCAUAAAAGCAAUUCAAUGAAGGAAAUAUAGCCUUUUGAACAAAUGGUGUUGGUGUAAUGUAACAUGCAUACGCAAACAAACAAAAAAGAACAACAGCAACAACAACCAAAGUUUUACAUCUGUUUUAAAAAUUAACUCAAAAUGUAUCAUAGACUUAAAUGUAAAAUAAAAAAUCUUAAAAAAAAAACAGGCAGUAGAAUCUCUUCAGGAUCUAGGGCUGGGCAAAGAGUUAUUAAACCAAAAGCAUCAAUAAAAGGAAAAGUGGAUAAAUUGGACCUUAUCACAAUGACAAACUUUUGCUCUGCAAAAGAUACAGUUAAGAGGAUGAAAAUACAAGCCAUACACUGUGAGCAACUAUUUACAAAGCACAUAUUUGACAAAGGGCUAAUAUUUAGAAUAUAUAAAGAUAUCUCAAAACUCAAUGGUACAAAAAAACAAUUAAUUAGAAAAUGGGCAAAAGACAUGAACAGACAUUUCACUGAAGGAAAUAUACACAUGGAAAAUAAGCACAUGAAAAGAUGUCUUACAUCAUUAGUCAAUAGGGAAAUAAAAAUUAAAAUCACAAUAAGACACCACCACACACCUAUUAGAAUGGCUAAAAUAAAAGCUAAUGCUCAUGAGGAUGCAGACAAACUGGAUCAUUCAUACACUGGUGGUGGGUAUGUAAAAUGGUACAGCCGCUCUGGAAAGCAUUUUGGCAGUUUCUUAAAAAACAAAACAUGUAACUACCAUGCAACCCAGCAACUGCACUCCUGGGCAUUUAUUCUGGAGAAGUGAAAACUUAUGUUCACACAAAAACCUGUACAUAAAUGUUUACAGUACCUUUACUCAGAAUAUCUGAAAACUGGAAACAACCCAGGUGUUCUUCAGUGAGUGAAUGGCUAAACAAACUGCGGUACAUUCAUACUAUGGACUACUACUCAUCAGUAAAAAGAAAUGAACUAUUGAUACAUGCAACAACUUGGAUGAGUCUCCAGAUAAUUAUGCUGAGUGAAAAAAAAUUCUAUAAGGUUGCAUUCUGUAUGAUUCCAUCUAUACAACACAGACGUUUGCCAGGAUUAAGAAGCAGUGUAACUACAAAGAGCAACAUGAGGGAUCCUUGUGGUGAUGAAAAUGUUCUGUAUCAUGACUGUAUCAAUGUCAGUAUCCCGGUUGUGAUAUUGUACUACAGUUUUGCAAGGUGUUUCCAUUGGGGGAAGCUGGGUAAAGGGUACAUAUAAUCUGUCCGUUUUAUUCCUUACAACUGCAUAUUAGUCUCCAAUUUUCUCAAAUAAAACAUUUAAUUAAAAUAGUACAUAUGUGAUUUCUCUUGUCCAAACCCUGAUUAAUAAUUUGAACCCUUCAUCAGACUGGAAAAUUUCUCUUCUAUUCCUAGAUUGCUAAGUAUUUUGGUCAGAAGAGGUGUUUAUUUUUGCCAACAGAUUUAUCUGUAUUUUUUAACAUAAUCAUAGCUUUUCUUUAAAAAAAUUUUUGUUUUAUUAUUUUAAUGAAAGCUUUUCUCUUUUAAGGUAAAUUACAUUGUUUGAUUUCAGAAUGCAAAACCAACCUUGCAUUCCUGGGAUAAACCCUACUUCAUCAUGAUGUAUUAAUCCUUUUAUAAAUUGCUGGAUUUGAUUUGCUAAUAUUUGCUUAGGAUUUUUAUGUCUAUGUUUAUGAAAUGUUUUUCAGACACCUAUGGUGUCUGAAAAGUCCUCAGUAAAAGUUCAUUGAAUUCAGACUUGUUUAAAUGAUAUUCUAACUGCAACAUAGCUGAUGUUGUGGUCCAGACACCCCCUCAGGGCCUAGACAGUCAUUCCCUCAGCUUCUGGAGUUGGUUGCUGACGAUUCACAACUGAGUCCUUCUCUGGGGGCCACCCUCCACCAAGGGAAGCAGUCUUGCCAAAAAAAAAAAAAAAUCACAGCUCCUCCCCAGGUAUAGCCUGUAUCCCUGACUGGUCAAUGCAAGGAUACGAGUUUCUGGCCCCCUUGCUUUAAUGUGGAACUACUCUGAAAGGUCAUCGUAGGCGCCAGGCAUGCCUUGGGAUUGGUCAAGGCCUCUGCUGCAACUGUUUUGCAGGCCAACUUCUUCCUCUGCCUCCAAAUUCCUGCUUCCUUCACUUUCUCACAGGUGCUGAUCUUUAAGUUCUCCCUACCUCCACCAAUAACCUUGUAGGCAAGCUAAUCUCCCUCUUGCGUCCCCCAGGGGUUCAACACAGGACACACCACGUUACCCUGUUUUAUUUUUCUUUUCAUAGCACUUAACACCUUAUAUGCGAAAUAAUCUUAUUUACUUAAUAAUUAAAAUACUUAUCGUCUUCUGUAAGAAUGUAAGCUUACCAGGACAGAUCUUUCUCAUACGCUAUGCACCGCUGUAUCAAGGGCCUAGGGCAGGGCCUGCAGAACACAGCAAGCACUAAAUACUGGUUGUUGAAUGAACCGAUGAGGCCGGCCCUGCGCUUUUGGUCGUGGGAUCACACAUCCCACCUCCAGCUUUUAACACGCACCUGGGAGCUGCGGCUCGGGGUGUGCCCCUGAGUCCCCGCCCCUCAGGCCACGCCCCCGGGCCCAGGGAGAAGGCGGGGCCCCGCGGACGCAGCGGUGGGCACGAUGCGGCAACCCACUGUUCGGCUGGUGCGCCUGGGUCGGGUGCCGUACGCCGAACUACUGGGGCUGCAGGACCGCUGGCUGCGGCGGCUGCAGGCCGAGCCAGGCACUGAGGCCCCGUCGGGGACUGAGGCGGGCGCGCUCCUGCUCUGCGAGCCCGCGGGACCCGUGUACACGGCCGGGCUGCGCGGCGGCCUGACGCCCGAGGAAACUGCGCGGCUACGGGCCUUGGGCGCCGAGGUGCGCGUCACAGGCCGCGGUGGCCUGGCCACCUUUCACGGCCCGGGCCAGCUGCUUUGCCACCCAGUGCUCGACCUAGGGCGUCUCGGCCUGCGUUUGCGCAUGCACGUAGCGUCGCUGGAGGCGUGCGCCGUGCGCCUGUGCGAGCUCCAGGGCCUGCAGGACGCCCGCGCGCGGCCCCCGCCGUAUACGGGCGUCUGGCUGGAAGAUCGCAAGAUCUGCGCGAUCGGUGAGCGCCGCGGCGCAGGGCGGUACCAGAGAGCCGGGGAGUCCGCUGUGGAAGGCACAUCACAUCCCACGGCCUGGCUCUCAACUGCUCUACCGACCUCACGUGGUUUGAGCACAUCGUGCCCUGUGGACUGGUUGGGACAGGCGUCACUUCCUUGAGUAAGGAGCUCCAGAGGCACGUCACCGUGGAUGAAGUAAUGCCACCUUUCCUUGUGGCCUUUAAAGAGAUCUACAAGUGCACACUGAUCUCAGAGGACAGCCCCAACUGAAGAGUACUCAUGUUAUAACAGCCAGGAUGCUCCUGCUUUGGGAAGCACGAAGUCUGACUCGAGUCACCUACUGAAACGCAGAUUUUAGACCUGGCCUGUCAUUCACUGAUCAUGAAACUAAGAACAUACCAUGAGCUCUGAGCCACUGUUUUCAUAUGUAUCCUAUUUUAUUUAUAUCUUCCCCACCUACCUCAGAGAUACUAGAUGUGACAACACUGUGAAAAGCAACACACGCUAUAUAAAACAUUAGCACUGCUAUUGACAGCAGUGUCUCAGCUUAGAGAAAUUCAGAUGUCAUAGAUUGUCCUUUCUCGAUGUUGAUGCCACAGAUUGUCAUUUCUCGAUUGUUGAUUCCUCAGUACUGUGUCUAACUGAGCAAUUCUGGGCUCUAGUUCCUUUGAUUUUGUGGGAAUCAAAUCUCUGAAUGGCCCAGGUGAAAGUGAUGUGAUGUAGUGCUUUUUCAUUCUCAAGAGACCUGGGUUCUUUCUGCAAUAAAGGGAAAAGGGAAGAACCUUCGAAGAAUAAAAUGGGAUCUUACCUUCCUGGGUUUGAUUCCACAAGUUUGAUAAUUUAGCAGUUUUUAGUUGGGUUACCCUGAGCUAGGCCAAAGACUGGACGAAGGAUAAGAAUAAUUUCUCACACUGUACAAAUGCCAAAGAUAGAAUUGAGUUUUUCUUAUAUGAGACCUCUAAGUUUGUAAGGCUGCGUAUUAUCUGUUGCUGUGUAACAAAUCAUCAAAACUUAGUGACUUAACAGUAAACAUUAAUUAUCCUGUUUGUGGGUCAGGAAUUUGGGGGAAGCUUAGCUGGGUGUUUCUAGGUUGGGGUCUCCCACGAACUUGCAGUUAAGAUGUCAGCUGGAAUUGCACUUAUUCAAAGGCUUGGCUGGGCUGGAGGAUCAGCGCCCCAUAUGGUGCACUCACUUGCCUGGUUAGUUGUGGUUGCUGACAAGAGGCCUCAGUUCCUCACCAUGUGGACCUCUCUAUAGGGCUGCUUAAUUGUUCUCAUGACAGGGCAUCUGGCUUCCCCUAGAGCAAGUCAUGCCAAAGAGAGACAAGCUGGAAGCCACAAUGUCUUUCAUGACCCAGCCUCAGAAGUCACAUAGGCAUUUCUGUAGUCUUCUAACAGAUGAGCCCUGUUCAGUGUGGAAGGGACUUCACUAGGGCGACAAAAGGUGAGGAUUAUUAGGGACCAUCUUGAAGAAUGGCCACCACAGCCUAUUAAGAAUGGAAAGAGCCUCAAAUGAGAAGUCAGGGGACCCUGGUUCCAGUUCUGGCUCUGUGGAAAAGUCGCUUACUCUCUGGUCUUCAGUUUCUCCUUAAACCAGUGCUGUUCAGUAGACAUACAAUGCAAGCCACAUUGUAAUUUGACAUUUUCUAAGAUCCAUGUUAAAAAGGUAAAAGAAAUGGGUGAUGUUAUUUUUAUUUUAUUUUUAAGAAAUGAGGCCUCACUGUGUUGCCCAAGCUGGUCUCAAACUCCUGGGCUCAAGGAAUCCUUCUGCCUCAGCCUCACAAAGUGCUGGGAUUACAGGUGUGAGCCACCAUGCCUGGUCUAUGAUGUUAAUUUUAAUAUUUUAAUUAACCCAAUAUACAAAAAUAUCAAUAUAAAGCAAUAUAAAUGUUUUCUUGAGA